CCCCUCUGCCCAGGCAGCGGCUGUCCCCGCCGUCGGAGCGCGGUUGGGUCCGGCCCCGGUGGCUCCUUGACUCCCCCGAGCCCCGCUGUGACCUGACAGCUCCUAACUCGAGCGAGCUGAUCCUCUGGCCUAGGUGGGGGAGGACACGGCUGCCUCCUUUCCCCCUCGUCCUGCCUGGAGAAUUAUCUGCUCCCCAGAUCAGAGCAGAGAGGCCGCGGGUCGCUGUCAAAAUGCAGUAUUCCCAUCACUGUGAGCACCUUUUAGAGAGACUGAACAAGCAGCGAGAAGCCGGCUUUCUGUGUGACUGCACGGUGGUUAUUGGCGAAUUCCAGUUCAAAGCACACAGGAACGUGCUUGCCUCUUUCAGCGAGUACUUCGGUGCUUUUUACAGAGACGCGUCUGACAGCAACGUUGUUUUGGAUCAGACUCAAGUGAAAGCUGAUGGAUUCCAAAAACUCCUGGAAUUUAUUUAUACGGGAAACUUAAACCUUGACAGCUGGAAUGUUAAAGAAAUCCACCAGGCUGCCGACUAUCUCAAAGUAGAAGAAGUGGUCACUAAAUGCAAAAUCAAGAUGGAAGAUUUUGCUUUUAUUGCUAAUCCCUCUUCUACAGAGACCUCCAGUAUCACUGGAAACAUUGAAAUGAAUCAACAGACUUGUCUUCUGACUCUCCGAGAUUACCAUCACCGAGAGAAGGCAGACACUGCUUCUGCAGAGUUGGUUCUACCACAGGCAAAGAAAACAGCUUUAGAAAAGAAAUCUCCUCCAACCAAAAAACGUAAGAAGAAUCUCAGCUCCCCCAAAAACAUUCAGAAUAAAUCCAUACAACAUCAGGGUGAUGUGACCGAGAACACAUCCAUUGAAAUGUUUUUAGAUGCAAAUAAGCUGGCCACCCAAAUCACAGAGCAGGCUGCCCAGGGCAGUGAUAACUCUGAACUACAGCUGGCUUCUGUGGUGGAAAGUGAAACCCUGGCAGCACAGGACAUCCUGGUUCAGACUAUUGCAGCAAAACAGAAACGGGGAAAGCCUCAGCAGAGCUGUGCACUAAAGGAGCACUGCAUCUCUAACAUAGCCAGUGAAAAGAACACUUACCAGCUGGAGGGUUCAGGAGAAGAGCUUGACCAGAAGUACUCCAAAGCCAAGCCAGUGUGCAACACCUGUGGAAAAGUCUUUUCAGAAGCCAGCAGCCUCCGUCGACACAUGAGAAUACACAAAGGAGUGAAACCAUACGUGUGUCAGCUCUGUGGGAAGGCAUUCACCCAGUGCAAUCAGUUGAAAACCCAUGUAAGAACUCACACAGGGGAGAAGCCAUACAAAUGUGAGCUGUGUGACAAAGGCUUUGCUCAGAAGUGCCAGCUGGUGUUCCACAGUCGGAUGCAUCAUGGAGAAGAGAAGCCGUACAAAUGUGAUGUCUGCAACCUGCAGUUUGCAACUUCAAGCAACCUGAAGAUUCAUGCCAGGAAGCACAGCGGUGAGAAGCCCUACGUGUGCGAUCGGUGCGGUCAGCGCUUCGCUCAGGCCAGCACCCUCACCUACCACGUGCGGCGUCACACGGGGGAGAAACCCUACGUGUGUGACAGCUGUGGGAAAGCCUUUGCUGUCUCCAGUUCCCUCAUCACCCACUCCCGAAAGCACACAGGAGAAAAGCCAUAUAUCUGUGGCAUCUGUGAGAAGAGUUUUAUUUCCUCUGGAGAGCUCAAUAAACAUUUUCGGUCCCAUACAGGUGAAAGACCAUUUAUCUGUGAAAUGUGUGGAAAUUCUUACACAGAUAUAAAAAAUCUUAAGAAGCACAAAACAAAAGUUCACACAGGAUCUGAAACUCCCCCCGAUUCUAACGCCCUCGAUAAUUCUUUCCAUGAACAAGAAUCCAUCCAGAGUCAGAAAAGUCCUCUAUCAGAGUCCAUAGAUGUGAAGCCCUCUGAGAUGUCUUUAGCACUUCCUCUUCCCAUUGGGACUGAAGAUCAUCAGAUGCUGCUUCCUGUCACAGGGAGUCAGUCACCUUCAUCAGAAACAUUGCUAAGAUCUGCUGUGACUGGAUAUUCAGAACCUCAGUUUAUUUUCUUGCAGCAGUUAUACUGACAGUGCAGUGCAGAGCCACCAAGGUAAUUCAGUAGUCAACUUGCACACCUUUGGUAAGGUGAACGUGAUCAAGCAAGCAGUCACACUUCUUGAAUUGGACUUGUUUUUUUUUCUCUCUGUAUAAAAGACACUUGUCAGGCAUUUCCAUUGUGCAGUGCUGUCUAUAAGGUUUUGCUGAAUUGUGCUCAUCUGCAAUCAAAUUUCUAUUUGCAAUUAACACUAAUUUUCAGGAGACUAUUCCUUUCCAGCAACACCCGCCUUAAGAGUUCUCUGUUAAUUAUGUUAAUGUAUUUUAGAGAUUUCCUCCUCUGUUCCUGCUGGUCUGAUGUGUCAUGGUGUCAUUUAAGAGCAGACAUUUUAAGCCAUAUUUGAUAGUUUAAGAAUAUUAACCCAGAGGUGUAAGGGGAAAAUCAUAAUUUGGAUGUACCCAGUAGGCUUGUACUCCUGCAUUCCAAGGUGGUGUAAUGGUAGAUGAUAGGGGAAGGCAGACCAGUGUUCUGCUGAGCUGCUUGCAAAGAAUAACAACUGUCUGCCAGAAGUGGCUGUCUUCAGUUGAGGUCUGACCAGAAGGAAAAAAGUUUAGUGUAUAUUUUCCUGAUAAGGCAACGAGAGGAGAGUUAAUGUUUUUCUUCAGCGUGGGAAGUCAGAGGGUUCUAGUGGCAUAGAUACUACUGGGUAUUCUUCCAACAACUCACUUAUUUUUUUUUAAAGUGAAUCAUUGUUGUCUCUUAUCCCAGAUUUAUUUUUCCCAUCCCUAAAUGCCCUGAUUUUGACACCAACAGCAACACUUGCUCAAAAGGAGAGCUGGAACAUGCAUGUUGUAGAUGAGGCAAAGAGAUGCACUGACUUAAUUGUGAGGCAUGAAUCAUAAGCUUUAUACUCCUUUUUUCUACAGUAGUGCUUCUUGUGCUAGACAGGAGGUACAAAAGAAGAAAUAAAUCCUGCCCUUCACUGUGAAAAUAAUAAGUGAACACUACAUGAGGGGGCACUAAGGAAGAAAACAACAGAGCAGAUUGACACUUUUCCAGGCAAGGUUUUGUUACCAGUAUGACUGAUUUGUUUUAACUGAAGUAUUUAUGUAUUCCUUUACCUCUCAUGUCACUGUCCACAAACAGUAACAGCACAAAACUGGUAUCUAGCAAGACUCAUAUAAAGGUAUGUUUUAUUACUAGCAAUGUAAAGUUUUAAAAAGUAACAUUUUUAGUGUCUUGGUAGGGCCAUUAGUUAAAAGAUUAGUUGACAACAGGAGUACUUUUAUACUCUGUUUUGCCAGUUUGUGCCAUUAACAUAAUGUAAGCAUUAUUUAAGCAAUCAUCAAAUAGUAAGGAAACAGUCAUAAUACUGUACCAACGAUACAUUUUAUGAUAUUAUCUGUUGGUUAUUUACUUGGUGCUAGCUUUUUAUUUCCACCGAUGCCUUGUGUCCAGACACUGAUAAAUCCUAGGAGAUACCUCUUAACUGAUUCUGUUCUACAUGGAGUAAUAAUUAAUCUGCACCUUAAUUAAACAGACUUGUGAAAAUUUUCCUGGAGAAUUUCAUUGAAGUAUUCUGCAAAUAGUCCCUUGACUCCUGAGCACCACUACAGAUUUAUUUUUUUCUCUCUUCCUACACAUUUGUCCUUGUAAAGUAAUAGACCUUUUGCUUCUUUGUCUUGAUCAUUUGUAUGUGGCAUGUUUAAAACUCUGCUUCUUCAACAUAUUUUAUGCUUUAAUGUAUAUCCAGUUUGCUGUUAGAGUCUGCCUUGGACAGUCUGUGGUGAUGGGACACAUUGUUAAUGGGGACAUCUCUAACAAUGUCCACUGAAGGUAACUACUGCCAGAGCUGCCUGCCCUUUCUUUGCUUUGCUCAUCUGUACAACAGUAUUUAUGAACAUCCUUGAUAAUGCUGGCAAAGGACAGUGGAUGAAGUUCUCUGUUUCUGUUUGUUUGGUAUUUCCUCCUUUCCUCCUCCCCUGUUUUCUUUCUUUAGCUCUGCUGCUUCUGUAGCACCUGCAGGAUUCCUGAGCCUUGCCAUUUAAGAUUGAAGCACCACAAAGAUUGGGAUCUUGACUCUAUGAAAAAAAAUGAACUCUGUGUAGCUUAACCUAAGAUUCCUCUUUACUUUCUCACUCUGAAAAUAGAGCAGAAGUCUUGGGAUAGACUUAGGCUUAAUCAUGAAUGCUGAAAAAGAACAGUACCACACAAUUGAUGGAUUUCAUAUUUAAACUGCUUUGGAAGGUUAAUUAAUUAUAUGCUGCUGUUACCUGAGGAAAGGUAUCUGAAUAUUAACACAUCCAGGAUCAAAGACCACAAGAGAGAACUAGCUCUGGAAAAAAAAAAGUAAUUUAAAGAUUCACAUUCCUACGUAGAAAAUGCAUUCCAUAACAAUGUUUGUUUGGACUGUUUUUAUAUUUCUAAAAUUAUAGCUUAUUACUGUAUUCUUAGAUUUCAGACUUUUUUAAAAAAUACAGUGCUUAGAUUUAUACAGGAUUUGUUUAGAUACUUAUAACAGUAACACUUGCUUUAUUAGUCAUUUAGUUUUCUUUAUAGACAAAAAGAUAAUCAUUAUUUUUUACAAGACAACAAUUUUAACCUUUCUUAAUAGAAUACACAGGCUUGUAGUUUUGUCAUGGAGCAAUAAUUUAGUGACCUGCACUCUUGAGUCCCUGUCUAAGAGUCUUGGUUUUUAUCCUCAUCUUUUGUGAAGAUAUCUCAGCUGCUGAGGUAUGAUCUCUAUGAAAUGUAUUAAUUUACUAGAAUAUAGAUUUUAAAUAUAUACAUUAAAAUAAAUAUUUGUAGGUGUGUUCAGGCUGGGUGCUGUAGGACCUGAAGAAGCAGGUCUGCACUUAUUUUUCCCCAGUAGAUGCAUGGAAAUCAUCUGCACUUCUAAUUCCUGGGCUUAAGGAUUCUGAGUUCAUUUUGGAGGUACAAGGUUUGUAACUCUACUGGUAAUUUUUAUAAGGGAUUAACGUGGGAAAACAUGGAAUCAUUUUUAGGCAGACAUCUCCUCGAGACCUACCUCCAAAAUGAAAGGAAAUUUUAAUUAUUCCACUGACAGUAAUUUAGAGAAAAUGACAUGACUUGUCACACUGUGGUUUCAGUCCCAUUUCAGUCAAUUUUGCACUGAAGUUGGCACAAGUUUUAUGUUAUUCUGCAUCUAGAAAUUACUGAAUUGGCUGUUCAGAAAUACUUAGGUGAGAAUUGCUCCUUGUAUAAUACUUCCAAAUGUGGGCACAAAGCACGACAGCUUUUCUCAAGCUGUGUGUAUCUAAAAAGCUUUCAAGUAUGGACAAGAUCCAUGCUAAGGACUUCAAGGCUGUGAUCUUGGAGAGGCUAUCGAUAAGAUUUGCAGAAUAAAGUUCAGAUAAAGACUAAUGACUGACUUUUUGAUUAAAUUAUUUUUAAAAUAUGGUUCAUGUAUAUGCAAUUUUUCCUCUGUUAUUUGUAUAUAGCUCAACUCUCUGUUUUAUAAUUCCCUGGGAAGGGAGGGAGUUGUACAUACUUAGCCUGAAGUGUUUUAUGUUAGACUUUAAUAA